AAUAAACUUUCGGUUGAUACAGCUGUCGCUGGGUUAACAAUCCUUGGCCAAGUAAGACUCGCUUCGUUCCGGAGCGAAGAUCCAAUUUUCGAUAUAAACAUAUGUUUGUGAUUCCAUUUGGUGUUUGAAUCCUUAUAGAUGAGUCCUGUAUGUCUACCCUACUGUAAGUUACAUCACAAAUAGAAGCAACUUUAAAAGUUCUAUUCAAAAUGGGUGAUGAAUUCGAUGGUUGCGAAUGUGUUUGGUCUCACGAACUGGCCAUGCAAAGGCUAUUGAAUUUUAUACGUCAAAAUCAAAACGAAUGUACGGAUACACACUGUAUAGAUGUUACAGGUCGUUUAACACAACCGGCACCUGCAACAACAGGUGGUGAAGAUAAUAACUUCACUAUGAUGACAAUGAUUAUGAUUUUUGCCUUGAUUAUGUAUUUAAUAAGACCCGAAUCAAUUAUGAAAUUGACCAAUACUAAACGUCGUGGUGGCCAGGGUCCUAGUGAUGGUGGCAAUGGUGGUUCUCAUCAACAGCAACCACCACCACCUUCACCGCCGGCGGUGAAUUGAAUUUGUUCUUUACUUUUAUCAGUAAUUCCUAAAAAGUAAAACAUUUAAUUUUUUUAUAUACAUACAAUUAUUAAUUAAUAUUGGUACUAACUUUAUAAAUACAAAUUAACAGAUUUAUAUAAUCAACUAUAUAAUUUUGUAGGAUGUAUUAUUUUUUUUAAUUUAUAUAAUAUUUUUUUGGUUUAACUAAAAUUGGUUUAUAGAUGAGAAACAAAAACUUCACAAAAUUUUUAAAA